CUUACAACUACAGACCAUGCACAGACCUUUGAAUUUGAACAUUUCAAUGCAUUUGAUUGAACAGCUUUACUUCAAGCCUCCCACGUUGAUUGCUCAAUCGAGACAAGAAUAAAGAGUUAUAUUUGGAAACAUGGAGUUCAAUGCAGACAGUAUCACAUUUACUGAGCAAGAAAUGUCCGGGAAAGCGGAGAAGAAACUGAAAGUGAUCCUGUUUUUGGGGUCCACGCGCGAUGGAAGAAUGGGAACUCGAGUGGCCAGAUUCAUGCAGAAGCAACUGGAAGUUAGGAAUUACAACGUGGAAUUAUUUGAUCCCCUAGUCCUGAAAUUUCCUCUGCUACAAAACCCCACCCAUUUCUACCAAGACAGAACGGCCAUCCCCCCAUGGAUAUUGGAAUGUGAAGAGAAGAUCAAGUCAGCAGACGCAUAUGUCCUUGUUUCUGCUGAAUACUACCGCAGUAUCCCGCCAGCCCUCAGCAAUAUGUUGGACCACUUCCCGCCAUCUAUUUUCAGCUAUAAACCCAGUGCAAUUGUGGCUUACUCUCUUGGUAUCUACGGUGGUGUCAGUGCGGCCAUGCAGUUGAGGCCUUUCCUCAGCGAACUGGGCACACUCAGCGUCUCCAAUAUGUUCUGCAUUCCGGAAGUCGACAAGGCCUUGGAUGAAAACGGUCAACCUCUGAACGAUCACAUGGAGAAAGGGGCAGACGUUUUGCUUAACCAGUUGACCUGGACGGCAUGGGCCUUGAAAAACCACCGAGACACUUACGGCACACCUAAUAAAUGAAUAAGUAGAUAGUUUGUUUUUUUUAAUCUGUGAUCAAUUUCCAAAAAUGUUAAUAGAUUUUUUAUAUAAAAAAAAACUAAUAGAAAGAGAUCUUACUUUUUAAUUUAUCAA